AAGGGUAGUCACUGCUUUGCAACGGACGCGGCAUAAUUAAUAUUUCCAAUGUUAUAUGGCUGGUGAAUGGUUAACGAUUGCGUUGAUACUUCCCAGGGUAGCAGACAUUGUCUUCACUGACUAAUAUUGUGGCAGCUUGGAUCAUAUGCACGCACUAAGGAAUGGAUGAAGGACUUUUCACAUGAUCCAAGAAUACUUUCAAACUCGCUCGAAAAGAUUGGACGUUUUCCUUUCUAGUCGCCUUAACAUUUAGAACCAGCCCUUAUCGACACAAGUUUCAUUUAUUUAGGAAGAGGGCGAGAACUCCAGCAUGGAUGAUUUAGGAAUCUCGUGUCAAGUUUGAGUUUUACGACUUGACCAUAUUGCUACAUCGGUAAAACACUGGUCGUUGCUGAAAAAAAUAUUUAGAAAAUAAAUACUCGUCACCAUGAUUUCGGCUUCACUGUUAUUAAUCUUGUUGCCAUUUAGCGUUGUCGGGGUCGAAAAGGAGAAGGGAAAUAAUGGGAGUCAUUUCAAAUGGAAAGGAACAGGCAAGAAUCUGACUUAUUAUCAUGAAGUCUGGCACCCCAUUCAUUUCCCGCCAGGACACAGUAAGCUCACCGUGUCGGAUAUACGACAUGAAACGGAUAGUACCGUGGAAGAUAAAGGAUCCGGUGGUAACCCAAAGCUCGAAUGUGAGGGUCAAUGUGCAUCUGCGUAUCGUGACUUUAACUACACGAAACGUGAGAUCAGAGAAUUGUUAGCAUUUGAGACAGUCACUGAUGACGGUAUCAAACAGAAGACCGAGUUGUCACCUGAUGAUAAUUUUGUGAGCUAUCUUAAUCAUUGGAUGGCAGAAGAGAGGACAAUUUCGGCCAAUUUGUCUGACGAGAAGGCGAACUCUCAUCGCAGGAGGCGACGUUCGAUUGUAGGAGUAAAUACGCGGUUCCCAAUUGACGAUAAGAAGUUCAUUUCAAAGGAACCUUAUUCCGCAGCGGUUAAACUGUCCACCGGUUGCUCGGGGGUUCUCAUCGGGGAGCGGUACGUCCUGACCGCAGCGCGUUGCAUCCACGACGGAAGACGAUAUAUCGUGCCGAUCAGAGAGUUAAACAUUGGUUUCCGCCGUCAACGAAGCCUUAAACCAGAGGAGAUAUCUACUGACGAGUGGGAAAAAGCUUUGAUUUGGAUUCGUGUCGCCAAAGCCUACCUUCCCUACGAUUGGACAAGACUAAAGCAAACCCGGAAUUUACCUCUGGAUAAGGACUAUGCGGUCUUGGCCCUGAAAAGGAGUCCAGAUCGGCCAUACCUCAACGUUAGCGUCGCGAGCUCUGUGAACGUCCCCGAGGAUUCGCAGCUGCACAUGAACGCGCUUGACUCGCCAAACGACGCCGCGCUGUACUACCGCUUCUGUGAUUUACAAGGAGAAACGUCGGAGAUAUUAUAUCAGCAGUGCGACGGCGACAGUGACGCGGUUGGGGCAGGGAUUUAUGUGCGUCGUUGGGACGGUUUGCUGACGCAAUGGACACGGAAAGUGGUUGGAGUCUAUUCCGGAGAGCAAGCUUAUGACCUGGACGGUGAACAGGUUCUCAAUAACGUUGCAAUACGUAUCACGCCUCUUAAGUUUGCUCAGAUAUGCUAUUGGCUAACAGGAGAUUAUAAUGACUGUAACGGAUGAGUUGCAGAUAAAAGUGCUUUUUAGAUCACAGAAAUGUAUGUAAAUAUGAGCUAAAUUCAUACUGUUUGAUUAUACAAAAUGUAUUGUUCACUUUCUAGGUCAUUUUUUCUGUAAUAAAUAGUAGGGAUAUAGUUUAUGUAUGCCAGUGUUGUGCUUGAAGUUUUAUGAAAUGGAAGUGGUCGGGGAAAGUAGAUUGGCAGGAAUGUGUAUGCCUAAUUCAGGUCAUUAAACAUGUUUUACAUUCGUGUAGCUUGGCCAUAAUAAUAUAUGCGGGAUUUUUAUACCUGUAUAGAUUAGCUUUCGCAUCUUAAUUUGUUUUUCAUGAAAAUUAUUCGGCAACUGCAAGUUGAUUUGUUUAUGUGAUAUCAACACAAAUCUAGCAUUUUCAAAACGUUUCAACAUCCUGAUAAACCAAAAUGAAGCUCUGAUUUAGUUGAUUAUUUUAGUUUUUGUUUUUUUUAUAUAGAAGUGUCAAUUGCCUUAGAGAUCAACGAGUCGAAAAAAAGUUAUUUCAGAUUUCAGAUUUGUGCUUCUAUGAAAGAUCUCUCCACUCAUUAUACUGGAGUCACUCUUCACAUGGCCUGCUAGGCAUCCGCAUUAAAAACAAUUGCAAAAAAAACAUCGAAUACUCAGGUACUGUAUUUGAACAGGACCCUUUUCGACGUUAAAAAUGCAACUCUUAUCUAAGCCUGAGAAAGUCCUUUGUCAGGCUUAGAUAAGAGUUGCAUUUUUGCAGCACCAAGCGCCACAUUAUCCAGGUAGUUCGUGGAUCCGUCUUUAAAAGAUUUGCGAUUGAUCCGAUCACCCACGGCUAUGGAAAGCAAGCAAUACCAACAUCUAAAAUGCGUUUUGUUUAAAAAUUCUUUCUUGAUAUGAUGUAUACUCAUACAUUCAUCGUUGUCUCGACAAUUCAGUGUGCUUCCUCUCUGUUUAUUAAGGAUAUUGUGCAAAAUUAUUUUAAGAAAAAUUAUGACAAUGAUACAGUUGACACUGAUUGCAUUAAGUGCACCUUUUUGUUAGACGGGACUAUGGGUCAUAUUUUUCUUCUACAGGAAAAUUUGAACAAAGCCCUGAGUAAAAAAAGAGAAAUACACCGUCUCAAACAAAUGAUGAAUGUAUGAAUAUACAUCAUAUCUAGAAAAUGUUCUGAACAUAAUAGCAUUUUAGUUGUGGACGUUGCUGGCUUUCCAUAGUUGUGGUUGAUCGGAUCGACUCUGUCUAAGGUGGGGCCCUGGUCUCACUCGUUACGUCAUGUAGGGUCGCAAAUUUGAUCAUGCUGAUUGCGCCAUUAAGGGAUGCAUUUUGUUUGUUUGUUUUUUGUGUAAAUUAUGUUUUUAUGAGUCUCUUUGGUGGGACUUUCCUGAACUCAAACUAAAAGUUAGACCCGUGGAUCAUCAAAUAAAUUAUUAGUGAAAAUAAAACAGUAAUUAAGCAAGACAACAAGAGUAAAAACUUACUAGUUUGCCUUUGAAAAAAAGCUCUUCUGGUCAUCGUUCAAGUUCAUAUUUUAGAUCAAAAGGACACUUUGCAGGACAUCAAACCGUAUUUCCUAUAUAAAAUAUUCGAUUAAUUGAUAUCUAGAGUUGAAUUAUUGAUAUUUAAAAAGAAUGAAUGAUGAACAGGUUGCCAAAUUUACGGCGCGUCGCCAUUCGUUGGCUAUUUCGUCCAGGUAGGAUAACCCUCUGAGGCGGCAAGGUGAGGCAACAUUAAGCGAUGGUGUCUUAUCGAGGAUAAAACCCUUGAAACAAGUUUGUUUGUAAGAAAACAAAGAAAACUUGAGAAAAAAAUAGGAAGAAAGUUUAGAGCAUAUGUAUGUUGAGAUCACUAUGAUAUGGACAUCUUUCCAGUGGCAAUACGACAAAAAUGUGUGUUGUCAAACAAGUACAAAUUAAUUUUCACCUUUGAACAAGUCUGUCCAUGAAUUAUGUGUUCUAUUCACAUGUAGUAUAAAUCCAAUAAAAUAUAACAUGGGCAAAUCGUUUAUACUACCAUUUGAAUGAGCGAAAAACAUAUUUUGGGGCAGUGGCAUAGAGCUUGGGACCUCCCCCCCCCCCAAAAAAAAAAAAAAAAAAAAAAAAAAACACGACCAGAAAAAAAGGGAAAGGAAAGAGAGAACGGUGAAAUAUAUCAUUUCUGAAUGUCAUGACAAAUCUAUCACAAAAUCAAAAGUUUUGCUCGCUCGCAAUUUUUUUUUUUAGAUUUUGCCCCAUUCCGACCCCCCUCAAUUUUCGUUUGCUCACUACGCCUCUGUUGGGGUUUACAGAAUAUCCAGUGCACAAAGUACAGAACUGUACUUGUGUGACAUCACGCGUCUGAGUCGCGUUGCCGAUUGGAGGACUGUACAUGGCAUCAGUAAUCUUAGCAUUCAAAUGAUCAUACAUUUAUCACAGUUUGUUCAAUUGUUUUCAAAAUGUUCUCUAUCGUAUUCUUUGAUUUGUCUCUUGUCAUACAAGCAAACUUGUUCCAAGGGUAAAGGGUUCAGGUAUAAAUGUAUUUCCAAGGAAAUAAUCGAGUGAUGUUCCCGUCUGCUUCACACGGUAAAAGGAUGUCACCUGGUUCAAGUUCAUUUUAUAUAGAGAUUCGCAUUAUUUGUUACAAAGUUUUAACCACUCAAAUGCUCUAGGUGCUCCAGGAGUUUCAUUUUAAGUGUGGAAGAUUUUAUUCUUUUCACCCCCCCCCCCUCUCUCUCUCUCUCUCACCAUGUUGAGAGGGAAUUGAUUUCCACUAUAUCGGAAACUGCCUAUAAACCACAUUUCGAACAGUGUAUCUUCCACAAAUAGCUGUGGAAUCGUGUUUUUUGUGAUCGUCAUACAAGCAAUUCAAUAAAUUAUUUACAAAAAAUAUUUUGAAA